AUGUCCGGCAGCAUGAAUAAGGUGACACCAGACAGUAACUCAGAAGGGACUCGGAAGCUCGGGAUCUUGGGCAAAAUCAGCGGCAUUAUUAUAGGCCUCUUGGAACAUGCCUUCUAUUGCUACGGGAAGGCUAUAUCACGAGCGCCUUUCGUCUUCAUCUUCUUGUGUCUGGUGUUUACUGGAUUCUGCGCGAUCGGCCUUACGAAGUUCACCACAGAGGAACGACCCUUUAAGCUGUGGACGCCCACGAAUUCUGAUUUCCUCAAGAUUACGGACUGGAAGGAGGAGAACUUCCCCUCGGAUCUCAGGCUCAACAUGGCUAUUUACGAGGCGGAUAAUGUUCUCGAGAAGCAGGUUAUCUUGGAAAUGCUGCGUUUACACGACGUCGUGGUCGGGACUUCGGUGGGAGACGCGUCGUGGGAAAGAGUCUGCGCAAAGGUCCCCACGCUGACGGCCGCGCUUUUCGGAAGACGCAAGAGGGACGUUGGAGACGAGGCUUAUCCUGGGCUGCAAGAAGAGUCGAGGUUUGUCAGGCAGACAGAUGAUUAUGAGGAAGAGGAGUUAGACUGGAGUUUGAUCUUGUCACGGGAAGGCUACUGCGAUUUCCAAGCGAAUAUGGAGCAAUCUUGUCUGGAAAACAGUCUUUUGGAAGUAUUCGGUUACGACAGGAGGGAUAUAGAAUCACUCUCACAAGAACAAAUAAUCGACGAGAUCAAUUACGCGGACGUGAGCGCCGUCUUUGGAUUUCCCUUAAACGCCACGAAGUUCCUGGGAGGCGUUGAGAGGGACGCCGACGGGUUGAUUGUGAGGGCUCGAACUGCAAUGCACUUGUGGUUCACGAAAGUCAACCGCACAGCCAUCGAACUCGGGGAAUAUCUGAACGACGGCGGGUCAGGAUCCCAGGUUGACCUCAUGAAUUUCAACUGGGAGCAAGAGUUCAUAAAGAAUGUUUUGAAUGAGACGGAUCGGCCCGAUAAUAUUUCUUUCUACCUCGGGGCCUCCUCCAGUUUUGGAACCAUCAGCAGCAGCAACAUCGAAGGAGACCUGCAGUUUCUCAGUGUUGGUUUCGGUAUUGUGUUUAUUUACGUUGUCGUGAUGCUUGGGAAGUUCAAUUUGGUGGAACAAAGGCCUGUGCUCUCUCUGCUCGGCCUGUCGUGCGUGGGGCUAGCGGUCGGAGUCUCGUAUGGGCUUUGUUCUGCGUUUGGCGUCCCCUACGGCCCAGUCAACAGCAUCUUGCCUUUUUUACUGCUUGGCCUUGGGAUCGACGAUAUGUUUGUGAUAAUGCAAGCAUGGAAUAACCUCACCCCAGAAGAACAAACUAAAGACUUGCACGAGAGAAUCGGUAGUGCACUCAGACAUGCUGGAGUUUCCAUCACAGUCACCUCUGUCACCGAUUUUGUAGCUUUUGCUAUUGGAAGCACGACCGUGUUGCCAGCCCUCAGGUCCUUCUGCCUCUAUGCUGCCAUUGGCAUCGCUGCAAUAUAUUUUUUCCAGUCGACCUAUUUUGUAGCCUGCCUUUCCCUUGAUCAGAGGCGACUAGAAGACUCUCGACACGGGCUUCUGUGGUGUUGGAAAAUAAAGAACUGGAGCCCCAAUGAGUGCAGCCAGCGAGACCUGUGCCAGACCUUUUUCACCGACGUGUAUGCUAAGUAUCUGUUUAAGCUGCCAGUGAAGAUCGUCGUCAUUGUUGUAACCGCAGCCAUUGUGGCGGUUUCCGGCUGGGGGCUUUCGAAUCUACGCCAAGAGUUCGAUCCCAUUUGGUUUUUGCCUCAAGAUUCCUACCUUUAUAAUUUCUUCAUGAAGCAGAAAUAUUACUAUCCUUCCUCCGGUGAAGAAGGCAUAGUUUAUUUCGGAAACAUAAGUCUGUUAGCUGAAAUGCCGAAAAUUGAAGAACUUGUUAAACAGCUGAACGAAAAUGAGUACGUGGCCGAAGUUGAUAGCUGGUAUCCAGCCUACAAAAAAUACUGGGAAAAACAAGGUAUUUCGGUUCCUGAUCCAGAACAGACUGAAGAUGAUUUUCUGGAUCAACUCUCACAGUUUCUACACUCGCCAAGUGGGUCCCCUUACAGAAGCAGGAAUUUCCGUUUCUCAGGCGAGUUAAUUUGCUACGAGAAAGCUCCUCCAGUAACUGCCUCGAGCAUGAACUAUAAACACAAACUGCUUCAGUCGUCUCAAGAGAAGUCCAAGGCAAUGGAGGAUGUAAAGACUAUCGUCAGAAACGUAAAUUUUACGGGCUACGUUCGUCCAUGGUCGCGAGCCUACGCAGGCUGGGAGACGGACCAAGUCAUCGAAGAAGAACUGUACAGAAACAUGGGUCUCGCUCUUUUGGUCGUGUUCGUGGUGACUCUCCUGUUAAUUGCUAGUCUCCCCACCAGCCUCAUGGUUCUCGUUUGUGUGUUCCUGACCCUGAUUGACGUCGGCGCCCUGAUGCACUGGUGGGGCCUCACCAUCGACACUGUAUCGUGCAUUGACUUGGUGCUAGCCAUCGGGUUGUGCGUGGACUAUGCAGCGCACGUGGGACACACAUUCAUGACGCACACUGGCACAAGGGACGAGCGGGCCAAGGCCACCGUCGGGAGGAUUGGCCCCGCUGUUCUUAACGGAGGAUUUAGCACUUUCCUCUCCUUCGUCUUCUUGUCGAACUCGUCGUCUCACGUCUUUCUGACGUUUUUCAAGAUAUUCUUCGCUGUGUGUCUCUACGGCCUUUACCACGGCCUUGUGUUCCUCCCCGUGCUCCUCUCUCUCGUGGGCCCGGCACCCUACCCGACCGCCCACGCCCCUACGCCUCAACCCACCCCUGUGUUCACGCCCACGGAGAAGAGAGGCGCCAUCCCGAAUCACGAGUUCAUAGAGAAGUCGCUUGAUACUGAGGAUCAGCCUGAAGUUGAUCUGAAGCAAGACCUUGAGAAAGAAAGUGUACAGAUGAACGGAACUUCUGAUUCGAAACAAGCGAACCCUGACGAUCAGCAAGAAAAAUACUAG